UUGGCAUUAAAUGAACUUCUUAGUCUACGCGCGCAUGGAUAAUGACACUUUUUCACGUACUAAACGUAAUCUGAACCUUCUAUUUUAUGUUUCUGUCAAUUCAGACAACGUUCGUGAGUAUAGUUAGUUAGUAUAGCUAGUUCACACGACAACAACCACGCUGAAGCGUAUAAAAAGUCAUUUGGUCCUUGUGGGGAAUGUCUGGGGUGACUAAUACUUGGCUAUAAGCUAAGUGGCUAACAAAACAGGCCUCAACACAGGCUAGUUGGUGCCACAAUGUUCUUCCACAUAUAAAAACACUAAAUUCCUCUUAUUUUCUUUCUUGUUCUUAAAUAUUUAGUUUCAUAAAUGAAUUAAUGAACGACAGGAGGAGAAUGUGUGCAUUGUCUACCUUGGAGAUCUACAGCCUUCCUUUUGUUUAAUUAAACCCCAGGAUCGACUUUUCUCCUCGUAUAUUUGUAGCCGGUGGAACCACUUCAAGAAGCACCUGCAGCUUGUGCAGAAAAUGACCCAGCAAUCUGCCCUGUCUCGAGCUCAGAAUGGUACCAGUGAUGGCAAAGAGGAGAAAUAUGAUGGAACACUCUUGAACAGAAAGUGGUCUCUCUAUCCUGGCUGCAUAAGGAGUCCCCUUAAUGAAGCGCCCCCCUGUGAAUUCGAUUUUAUCAACACAGUGGCUAUACAUCAGUCUGAUGGUGGGCAUAAACUCAAGUCCCAUGUGGUGAUGCCAUGGCCUUGAGCGGGGACAUUUAAACCAUAUUGACGGGUGUACAUUAUCUGUCAGUGCUGUGAUUGGCCGGCUGCUGUGAGUCUACAGCAGGUGCUGCUCGGAUGAGGGACAGAAACUGGAAUAUAUGGAAGUGGAGUCCCUGUAUUCAUUAGCUCUAAAAUGCCUGAUAAGCCUUUCUACAAUCAUCCUCCUGGGACUGAUUAUCAUCUACCACGCAAGAGAGAUCCAGUUAUUUAUGGUGGACAAUGCAGCAGACGACUGGAGGAUAGCCAUGACAUAUGAACGCAUUUUCUUCAUCUGCUUGGAGAUCCUGGUGUGCGCCAUCCACCCCAUCCCGGGGAACUACACCUUCACCUGGACCGCCCGCCUGGCCUACUCCUAUGUGCCAUCCAAGACGGACGCUGAUGUGGACAUCAUCCUGUCUAUCCCUAUGUUCCUGCGACUGUACCUCAUCGCUCGCGUCAUGCUGCUGCACAGCAAGCUCUUCACAGACGCCUCGUCUCGCAGCAUCGGGGCACUCAACAAGAUCAACUUCAACACACGCUUUGUCAUGAAGACCCUCAUGACCAUCUGUCCCGGGACGGUGCUGCUGGUCUUCACCAUCUCACUGUGGAUCAUUGCCGCAUGGACUGUGAGAGCUUGCGAGAGGUAUCACGACAACCAGGACACCAACAGCAACUUUCUAGGAGCCAUGUGGUUGAUCUCCAUCACCUUUCUUACCAUUGGAUAUGGAGAUAUGGUCCCAAACACGUACUGUGGGAAAGGAGUCUGUCUCCUGACUGGCAUUAUGGGUGCGGGCUGCACUGCCUUGGUGGUGGCUGUGGUGGCCAAGAAACUGGAAUUAACCAAAGCUGAAAAGCAUGUUCACAACUUCAUGAUGGACACCCAGCUCACCAAACGAGUGAAAAACACAGCAGCGAAUGUUCUCAGGGAGACGUGGCUCAUCUACAAGAACACCAAACUGGUGAGGAAGAUGGACCAUGCCAGAGUCAGGAAGCACCAGAGGAAAUUCCUCCAAGCCAUUCAUCAAUUGAGAAGUGUUAAAAUGGAGCAACGCAAGCUGAAUGACCAAGCAAACUCUCUAGUGGACCUUGCCAAGACUCAGAACAUCAUGUACGACAUGGUGUCGGACCUAAACGAGCGAGGGGAGGACAUGGAGAAGAGGAUUGCUCUGCUGGAGACCAAGCUGGAGACUCUACUGACUAACUUGCAGGCUCUGCCAGGACUCAUCAGCCAGGUUAUCAGCCAGCAGCACAGGGACUUCCUGGAGGUGCAGCUCCAGCCUUACGACAAACACAGCCCUGAGCGCUCGCAGUCGGCGUCGCGGCGGAGGUCAUCGUCCACGGCGCCACCCACCUCCUCUGAGAGCAGCUAGGGUCCACAGAAGGGAAGGCCUCCAUUGAAGACUUUUGCCAUCAUAUGGCCAAGUUGCAUUUAUCUUAAAGCCUUAUGGCUUCAAUAAGUAUUAUUCCAAUUCUGAUGACAGAAUCCAAGAUAGCGGAUAAUGACAUGCAGUUUUUUUUUUUUUUGCUUUCUGUUACUCUGGUGGCAUGAUUCUUCCCUCUGUCAGCAGGUGGGAAACUAGUGCACUAAAAUAGUGCUUCUCAUGAACGACGUCUCCCUCAAAGCAAAUCAGACUAGAGUGACAGCAAAAGGCAAAUACACACAAGUAUAAUCUUUUAGGUUAAUAACAGCAUCAACAUCAGUAGAAUGACUAUUUUGGAAGGCGGGGCAGAUCAGUGACAGGCAGUCCGAAUAAUCACAGUGAAUGCGUCAGUCUCAAACUGCACUUACUUUUUAAUAAUAAUAAUAAUAAUAAUCAAUUCACUUCAAUAACGACUGAUAUAAAUAGAGGAUUUGGGGCAUGGGUUUUGUUAUUUACACAACAUGACUACAGAAGAGAUGUCACAAACUCAAUCAUGACUCUUGUCUUGCUGUGUUUCCACUUCUUCCAUGUGCUAUCUGUGCUUGCUGUCACCUCAGCUGGAUGACAACAACUUGCUGAAACCGUGUCUACCUUAUAGAAAAGUACUAUUUUUAUAUAUUUUGAUGAGGACAAGCACACCUCCUACAGUAAUAAACAACAACAGGGAUCUGGGCACAAACAGAUUCAGCAUACCAAGCAUGUGAUUUUAAACCUCAUCAGACUGGCGUCAACAUAUAUUGAAUAUGGGCUAAAAACGAAGCCAUCUAAGGGUUUCUUUGUUACAGAAUGUUGUUAUGGAUUUUUAUUUUCUCCCCUCUCCAAGUUAUGUCAUCAAUCAAAUUGCAUUUAUUUUUACAGGAAAUUGUUCCGGUGAGUUGUAUGCAUAAGCGGAAAUGAUAAAUGUUACUGGCAACUGAUUUCUG